GGGGCGGUGCGUCACUUCCCUUGUCAGGUGGCGGCGCCGCAGCCAUGGAGGGAGGCGGCGGCGGCGGCUCGGGUGGCUACGCUGGGAGGCGGCGGUAAGCGGCUCCCACGCCCCCGGCCCGGCCCCGGCCUCCCGGGACGGAGCGCCGAGCAGCCCCGAGUACGGGCUGCGGACUAUGGGCGAACAGCGCUGACCACCUGGGGAAGAUUCCUCUGGUUUCCUGAGUUGAUUGUGGAUGGAGAAGAGGUGUGAGGGAAGUUCGUGGCCCUGGCAAAAGCACCUGCAUAGCUGAGAAUGAAGCGGAGAGCAUCAGACAGAGGAGCUGGGGAAACAUCGGCCAGGGUAAAGGCUCUAGGGAGUAGUAUUUCCGGAAAUAAUGCAAAGCGAGCUGGACCAUUCAUUCUCGGUCCCCGUCUGGGCAACUCACCAGUGCCCAGCAUUGUGCAGUGUUUGGCAAGGAAAGAUGGCACAGAUGACUUCUAUCAGCUGAAGAUCCUUACUCUUGAGGAGAGGGGUGACCAAGGCAUAGAGAGCCAGGAGGAGAGACAGGGCAAGAUGCUGCUGCACACCGAGUACUCUCUGCUCUCUCUCCUGCACACCCAGGACGGUGUGGUCCACCACCAUGGGCUCUUCCAGGACCGCACCUGUGAAGUCAUUGAGGACACAGAAUCCAGCCGCAUGGUUAAGAAGAUGAAGAAGCGCAUCUGCCUGGUCCUGGACUGCCUGUGUGCGCACGACUUCAGCGACAAGACUGCCGACCUGAUCAACCUGCAGCACUACGUCAUCAAGGAGAAGAGGCUCAGCGAGCGGGAGACCGUGGUCAUCUUCUACGACGUGGUGCGUGUGGUGGAGGCCCUGCACCAGAAAAACAUUGUGCACAGAGACCUGAAGCUCGGGAACAUGGUGCUCAACAAAAGAACUCACCGGAUAACCAUCACCAACUUCUGCCUCGGGAAGCAUCUCGUGAGCGAGGGGGACCUGCUGAAGGACCAGAGGGGAAGCCCUGCCUACAUCAGUCCCGAUGUGCUCAGCGGCCGGCCAUACCGAGGCAAACCCAGUGACAUGUGGGCCCUCGGUGUGGUGCUCUUCACCAUGCUGUACGGCCAGUUCCCCUUCUACGACAGCAUCCCGCAGGAGCUCUUCCGCAAGAUCAAGGCCGCCGAGUACACCAUUCCUGAGGAUGGGCGUGUCUCUGAGAGCACCGUGUGUCUCAUCCGGAAACUGCUGGUCCUCGACCCCCAGCAGCGCUUGGCUGCCACUGAUGUCCUGGAAGCCCUCAGUGCCAUCAUCGCAUCUUGGCAGUCCCUGUCUUCUCUGAGCGGGCCUUUACAAGUAGUUCCUGAUAUCGACGACCAGAUGAGCAAUGCAGACAGCUCCCAGGAGGCGAAGGUGACAGAGGAGUGCUCUCAGUACGAGUUUGAGAACUACAUGCGGCAGCAGCUGCUGCUGGCUGAGGAGAAGAGCUCCAUACAUGAGGCUCGGAGCUGGGUGCCCAAGCGGCAGUUCGGCAGCGUGCCCCCAGUGCGACGGCUGGGCCACGACGCGCAGCCCAUGACCUCCUUGGACACGGCCAUUCUGGCCCAGCGCUAUCUGCGGAAAUAGUGGCCUCAGCCAGGGGCAGCUAGCCCCAGCGCCACCUCUCCUGGCCCCCAGCCCAGGGCCUGGCUGUCAGGGCUGGGUCCUGUAGCGCUGGACUCUCGCAGGCUGCAGUGGGGACAAGGCAGGGACAGGGACAGCCCAGGUCACACAUGGGGUCAGCAGAGGUAUACAAAGCUACCUUUUGGAAUGAUUGCUUGAUUGUUUGGUUUUUUAAUCUGAGAAGCGUAGAUAACUAAUCUGCUUUUAAUCAUGACAUUUUAAUCUACCUCUGUCUCUUUAACCACGCUGUCUCUGGACUGAGUGACAGGAGGAGGGAACCCACCCACGCGCCCCAGGCCCUGACCCAGCCGGCCAGCGCCUGGCCGUGAGGCCACCGCUCCCCACAGUCCAAAUAAGCUGAAAGUGCAGCUCGCUGCUGGCCCCCAAACUGAAAGCCCGCCCUCCCCACUCGCAGCCCCUCCCACAGUCUGUGCUGCCCCUCUUCUGACCCCAGCCCCUCAGUCCCAGCUUUGGAAAACCUCCCCUUCAUCUUACACCGACUUAAAAUAUAUUUAUUUUUUUACAGAACCAACUUCCUUCCCACUUCUAGGUGGCCCAGCUCUUGGCCACACCCUCCCCCAACCUGGCAGGACAGCAGGGUCCGCAGCCCCCACUUGGCCUCCCUUCUCGCCCAGGCACAAGGGAGCCCUUGCCAGCCCCUCUCUGCUCCCAGUCCGCAGGCUGUUUCCGAUGAUGGGAGGCCUUUCUAGACUUGGCUCUUUCUCUUGUCUCAGUAGCUUCUCUGAAGCGCUGCAUGAUAGCCCUGCUUCCUUCUCCACCCUUCCCGGGUACCCAGCUAACCAGGUAACGUGGACGCGUAAUGUGAAGGGAACCUGUGGCCAGGCUGGGGAGGCACGCUUGGGGCCUGGCCCAGGACCUGGCCCUACUCUGGAGAAGUGGUGCCCCCCCGCCCCAGCAGCAGACAGGGCCUUCAAGGGGCCGGGAGACUUCGGGGGAGAAAUGGAGGGAUUGAGGUCUUGCCCUGCCUGGCUUGAGAACAGCCCUGCUACCCUUUGAGCCAUGAUUUUGAAGUGGAUGCCAGUCUUGCCAGAAAUGCUGUUCUCACCAGAAUGCCCUACCCAGGCCUGCCCUCUCCCUCACUGGACUUGGUCUUGCCCAGUGUCAAGCAAGAACCCUUCCCUGGAUUCCUACCCCCCGUGUGUCCUCUUGAGAAGCCAAGCGCCCCUUGCAGGCAUCCCCAGCCCCUUCCUGCCUGUCCUUGCUCCUCACUGUUUCCCAGAGCGGGAGCUGCCUCCAAUCCCCCCAAAAGCUGACUCACUGUGAGUGACAUUGGGCAAGUUCCCAAACUUCCUUGUGCCUCAGUUUCCCCAUCUGGAAAAAAUGGGGCCACCUCUUGCCAGCAGUAGCAGGGCCGCCCACGCCCCUCCCUCCCCAUGUCCCAGUCCAGCACUUGGGCCCCUCCUGCCUCUGCCUCCGGGGGUCCGCGGGAGCCACUUACUCCCCAAGCAUCCACCUCUGCUUCUCACUCGGCUGUCCAGCCGCCGAGAGCCAGGGCAUGGUGCUGUGCUCUUUUCUAUAUUUAUUUAAUAAAAGUCUCCUAAAGGAGCAGAAAUGUGGCCACCUGGACUCCCAGCCUGGGACUGCCCUCCGGCGAGGCUCGGGCCUGGCCAGGGCCUGCCAUGGUGAAGCCACCCACCGAGGACCCAAGGGCCCGCUUUCCGCGUGUAUUCUUUCUCCUCCUUUUCAAAGCAAUAUCCUCGGGUCUGUACAGCCCCAUCAGAUAGAUUGGUUCCUCCCUAGGGGGCCCAUGGGUCUGAUGGCAUUUCUGGAGAUGCAAUGAGAGGAGGUUGAUUCUGCCCUCACUGGUGUCACACACUGAGAGAAGUCCUGUUGUAAAGAAACAAAAUGGAAAAUGUCACAAAAAAGUUUGUAUAAAGACAUAUUUUUGUACUACAUGGGGACUCUACCUGCAUGUCAGCAAUAAAACUUCCUUGUCUGGA